AUGGAUAAUGGUGCAGAUGCUAAUGAUGUUGAAAUGAACAGAGGUAGUUAUGUGGAUAAUGAAGAAGGAAAAGAGGAUUUGGAUGAUUACAGAGCUAUGGGUGAAAUAUUAGAUGAUGAUAUAAGAGAGAUGAAAUUUGAAUCAGAGAAAAAAGCUUGUGAGUUUUAUGAAACAUAUGCAGAAUAUCAUGGGUUUGCUGUAAGAAAAGAUGAGCUUGACCGUGAUUUCAAAAAUAAUAUUAUUAUGCGCCAAUUGGUUUGUAAUAGAGAGGGGAAAAGACAUAAAAAACAUAUGUUAAGGGUGGACCGACAUAGAGAGCCAAGGCCAAUCACUCGAACAGGUUGUCUUGCUCGGUUGCGUGUGGCGUAUGAUGUUAUGACUAGGAGUUGGAGAGUUAUUGCAUUUGAAUCCGCUCAUAAUCAUAAGUUAACUCCACAACGGUUUGUUCAUUUUAUUCCUAAGUAUCGUCGACUGAGUGAAGCUGAUAAAGCGCUUGUUGAUGGCUUGCAUACAUGUGGUGUUAGAACAUGUCAUAUUUUGGGUUUUAUGUUGGGUCAGAAAGGUGGUCAUGAAUAUUUGGGAUUUAUCAAGAAGGACCUAUAUAAUUAUUUUAGUAAUGGAGCCAAGGCUAAAAGAGAAAAUGGAGAUGCUUUUGCUGCUUUGUCUUAUUUACAGGCUAAAGCCGACAAUGAUCCGAUGUUUUUUUCGAAGUUUACCACAACAGAGGAUGGUCGUCUACAAAAUUUAUUUUGGUCAGAUGGAACUAGCCGAUUUGACUUUGAAUGUUUUGACGAAAAGACAGAGACAUAUAAGUGGGUUUUAAAUGCCUUUUCUGAAGCAAUGUUCCAUAAAUGUCCAAAUGUGUUUGUUACUGACGGAGAUGGUGCGAUGCGGGAAGCUAUUAGAGUUGAAUUUCCAAAUGCGUCACAUCGCCUUUGUUUAUGGCAUUUACAUCAAAAUUCUAUUGAGAAUGUCAAGAAUACAAAGUUCCUAGAAGAGUUUAAGUCAUUGAUAUAUGCUAACUAUACCCCCGAGACAUUUGAAGAUGAGUGGAAGAGGAUUAUUGAUGAUAAUGGUCUAUCAGAUAACAAAUGGGUUAAGAAAACUUAUGAGAUAAAGAAAAUGUGGUCGAGUGCGUACAUGCGAGACACACUUUUUUGUGGUAUAAGAACUACAUCAAUGUGUGAAGGUAUCAAUUCAUUUAUCCAGGGGUAUGUGGACAAUAAAAACAGUCUUGUGGAUUUCAUGCAGAAUUUUGAAAGAGCUUUGAAAGAAUACAGACAUAACGAAUUAUUGUCUGAUUUUAAGUCGUUCUAUUAUGAACCCGUGUUGACAAGUGCUUUAAAAGGAAUUGAGACUGGAGCAUCAGAGAUAUUUACAUGUAAAAAAUUUAGGGAUGUUAAAAAUGAGAUAGAAGGUGCAGCUGCAUUGAAUAUCAUUGACAGAAUUGAGAUUAGAAUUCCGUGCUCUCACAUUAUUUGUGCCAUGAGGCAUGAGCAUAUGAAUGUGUUUCCAAAAAGUUUGAUUUGUAAGAGAUGGACUAAAUCAGCCAAGGAUGAUCACAUUGCGUCGGUGUUUUCUGAAGAAAGUGAUUCUGAAAAGUUGUUCAUGUUUCGUAGAGGCGCAAUGGUAGACUUAGAAUUUGAUUUCGCGGUUCCGGCGACGGAGCUAUUUGCGAUUCAAAACGACGUGGUGUUCAUAGCGUUGAAUCAGGGGAGAUGGUCGCGUAUUAGGCUGCCUGCGUCGGAAUCGGAAGCGAUCGCGGUGGCUGCAGGGCGGAGUCGUAGCUUCGUCGGAAUGGAUGGAGAUCGCGUCGGACUCCCUGCCGGAAACGCUGGCCGGUGGCUGGGAGCAGUCCAAUCAUGGGUGUUUAGGUUAUCUCUAUUUGAUUUUUCUGAAAUGCAAAAUUGA